AUGCAUAAUAUUGAUGACUCAUCAUCAUCAUCAUCAUCAUCAAUUACAAUCACUUCUUCUUCCACCACCAUUUCCACAACUUCAUAUUCAUUCAAAGUUGAUAAAAAAAUUUCAAUGCAUGCUUGUAAAGCAUUUAACACAAUGUGUGAUGAAAUUCUUACAACAAAAUGUUCAAAAAAUAUGAUAAAAAUUAAUGAAUGUUCACAAUUAUCAACAAAUCAAUUUACAUCAAAAUGUUAUUGUAAAAAUAAUAAUUAUAAUGACAAUCAAGAAAUUAUUUCAUUCUCAAAAAUAAUAUCAAACAUGUUACAAUCUAAUAAUAUUAAAAUUAUUUCGGACAAUUGUAGAUUUAAUUGUUACGAUUAUAGAAAAGUAUGUAAUGAAAAAUGUAAAAAGCCAUUGAUUGGUGGUAAUUCUAAGAAAAUAAUUGAAGAUAAUGGUAAAUCGAUUAUAAAUUUUUGUAAUUAUAAUUAUCAAGAUGAUAUAUAUAAAAUAAGUUGUAUUUGUGAUAGUGGAAUUCAAAGAACCAAUAGAAUAUUAGAUUUUUUUAGAUAUAGAUGUGAAUUUGAUUGA